AUGUUGUGCCAUCAAGCCCCGUGCAGAUUCAGUGCGGCGACAGACAGGUGCUCGUUCCUGCCGUCAUCACCUCAGACAGGUGUCAAUCACUACUCGAUAAGAGACAAUGUGGUAAAACUGGGCCAGUUUCCUCCAAUCAUAUCCCUGAAUGUUGGCGGAAUGGUGUACCAGACGCGACUCUCCACGCUGCUGAAGUACUCCGACUCCAUGCUAGCGGCCAUGUUCAGUGGCCGUCACAAGGUUGACCAGGACCAAGAUGGCCAUUACUUCUUGGACACCAACGGUGCCGUGUUUGGUCACAUUCUGGAAUACCUCCGCUACGGAACAAUUCCGCCCUCCGACUCAUCCAUAGCUGUCUACAGAGAUGCCGAGUACUACGGCCUUCAGUCCAUGGUUGAAAAGCUACAGCUUCGACCAGAAAUUGCUUCAAUUAUUGUCAAAGAAUCCCAUCGAUCCCAGUUUCCAGGGUACCAAGAUGCCAAGAAUGACGUCAUCCGAGCAGCAGUUGCUAAUGCGUCAGUUAACAGAAUAGGUGAAGUGUUGAUAUGUGCUUUCAAAACAGAGUUCAAGGCCAAGGUUCAGAACUUUAAUCCCCUCCAUGGGUGUAUUGUGGAAUCAGCUCAUGUCAGUAUCGGGCCGUGGGAAGCACAAGCUGAUGAAGAAGUGUUCAUGAAAUGUCUGGAGAACGAUCUCAUGGAGGAUGGGUUUAAUGUCAAGCCGCACGAGAGUAAGCGGAAGUGUAAAUAUUACUAUGGACAAACCUGUCAGAAAUUUGUCUACAAGUUGCAAAUCAUAUUUGAUUGAUAGUUGAUUAUUUAUUCCACACAUUUUCCAGCCUGUACCUGUGUAGGUGUUUAUGCCAUUUGUAAACACAACAAUUUUCUGUAACUUGAAUCUCUUUUAACAGACACAAAAUGUGCAAACAAUAUUUGUUUUCUUUGAUUUUUAUGAUAGUUUGCCAAAGGGUUGUAGGAAAAACACAAAAUAAAGUCAAAUUUGUCCUAUUAACAGUU